AUGACUCACCCACUGGUUGGUAUCGAAGCAGGUAAAGUCAGUAGACAGACUCAUCUCACUAAAACGUCGAACGAUCCCAACAUUCAUAAAGCCUGUGAAUUCAUUCGAAAAAAUAAGAAAAACAUUUCUAUCAAACUUUAUGUUGAUGAUGUUCUCGGUGGUGAUGAGAAAGAAGGUGUUACGCUCGGUGGUCUAAUUUUGAUCGCUGAUGAAGAUGUGGCUGAACUUGUUUUGUGUUAUUACAAAAAUCGUUUUGGCGGUGCUACACGAACGGUGCAUGCAGCGUUAAACAAAAUGUACUAUCGUAUAUCUGAAAAUCGUAUCAUCGACGUGAUCAAAUCAAGUGGCGAACAUGAAAUGGUAAAACCCGAAUUUUCGAACAAAAAACCGAACAAGAUAAUCCAAGCUAAAGCAAUAAUGGAAAGAGUACAAGUUGAAGUUGGUGGUCAACAGUUACAAUUAGCAAAUAUUGAUAAUAAAGCAUUAUAUUCCUAUUUGGAAAAAUAUAAAAACAUUAAAAAUAACUAA